UUUCCCUUCCGCUCACAUCUGCCUGAGCAGUAAAGGCAGCGGCUGGCACUGGCCGGGCUGCUCCCGGCAUGCAGGUCCCACGGGCGCCCUGGCCCGUCGUCUGGGCGGUGCUACAACUGGGCUGGCGGCCAGGAUGGUUCUUAGACUCCCGGGACAGGCCCUGGAACCCCCCCACCUUCUCCCCAGCCCUGCUGAUGGUGGCCGAGGGGGACAACGCCACCUUCACCUGCAGCUUCUCCAACACGUCGGGUAGCUUCGUGCUGAACUGGUACCGCAUGAGCCCCAGCAACCAGACGGACAAGCUGGCCGCCUUCCCUGAGGACCGCAGCCAGCCGGGCCACGACCACCGCUUCCGAGUCACGCAACUGCCCAACGGGCGCGACUUCCGUAUGAGCGUGAUCGGGGCCCGGCGUGAUGACAGCGGCACCUACCUCUGCGGGGCCAUCUCCCUGGCCCCCACAGCGCAGAUCAAAGAGAGCCCGAGAGCAGAGCUCAGGGUGACAGAGAGAAACCCAGAUGUGCCCACAGCCCACCCCAGCCCCUCACCCAGGCCAGCCGGCCAGUUCCAAGGCCUGAUGGUCGGCGUCGUGGUCGGACUGCUGGCCAGCCUGGGGUUGCUGGCCUGGGUCCUGGUUGCCAUCUGCCCCCGGGCUGCACGAGGGGCCAUGGGAGUCCAGCGCACCGACCAGCCCCUGAAGGAGGACCCCUCAGCCGUGCCUGUGUUCUCCAUGGACUAUGGGGAGCUGGACUUCCAGUGGCGAGAGAAGACCCCGGAGCCCCCCACGCCCUGUGUCCCUGAGCAGACGGAGUACGCCACCAUCGUGUUCUCCAGUGAGCUGGGCGCCUCGUUCCCGGCCCGCAGGGGCUCAGCCGAAGGCCCUCGGAGUCCCCGGCCGCUAAGGCCAGAGGACGGACACUGCUCUUGGCCCCUCUGACGGGCUUCCUUGGCCACCAACAUCCUGCAGACCCUCCACCGCGGGCCUAGGCUCAGCUCCUUCCCUCAGGAGGCACAGGCAGCAUGCAGGGCGGUGCAGGCCACCCAGGGGCUGAGCUGCCUGGGGGUUACAGGGGUGCUGUCCUGCACCUCUGCCAGCCCCACCGGGCACAGCCCUGCCAGGCACAGCCCCACGGCAAGACUCAUGUCUGGAUGCCCACAGCGACCCAGGCAGCAGUGUCACCGUACCCUACAGGGAGGGCCGGAUGCCUGGACAGGGCUGCCUGCGUCCGGCUCCCUGAAUCUUGCUGCUGCUGCUGCUGCCUGGGGUUGAAGACACCGUGGCCCUGCCUGCCGCCGCCCCCAGAGCCCCUUGCCUGAACUUGGGGGCCUGGUUGAAGACUGCCUUGGAGCAGCCAAGGUGUCCGUGGCAGGGGCAUCCCGAGACACCCUGGACACAGGGCCCAAGACUGGGCACGGGGUGGGAGGUGCGUGGGGCUGGGGACUCCCUGGGAGCUGGCUGCUCUCCCAGGCCUAGAGAAGUUUCAGGGAAGGCUCCAAGAGCUCCUGGCUGUGAUGGCGGGGCAGGAACCCCCUCCACCUUACACGUGCCCAGGCAGUGCCUCAGGCCUUUUGUGGGGCAGGGAAACUGAGGCAGUAAGAGGCCAGGCAGAACCGGAGGCCAUUCAGGCCCAGCCAGCGCUCUGGCCUCCCCGCCACACCACCCCAGCCCUUCUCACGACUCAGGUAAGGGACGUCCUAGGCUGCCUUGGUCGGGGGCAGGGCUGGGGCUGACUAGCCCCUCCUAGCUGUGGCAAGCUCUGUGGUUUGGGGGAACUGGUACAGGCACCCAGGGCCCCCCAUUCACCCACACUGGGGGUUCUCCUUGGCAUCCAGGGCCUAAGCACCCAUUCACACGAUUAUGUAAAGGCGUUUGUCCGGGCUCCCACCAGGGCCUGGCUGGGAAGGUAAAGGCGACCCCCGGGGCCGGGCAUCCCGCUGUGGCCUGGCCACCCCUCCCAUCCACACACUGCACUCCACUCCUGGGGCAGGCCCACCAGUAUCCAGGAGGCUGGCGGGCACCUGGGAUGAGGGACUCCCUUCCUUAUGGUUCUAUUAUAAUUAAAUAUGAGCUCGAUCUAAAGAGUUCUGUCCUGUUGGGCGGCUGUGGGGGCAGUGGGCAGGAGGGAAGGAGGUCUCCAGGGAGAGGCAGGGCUGUGGCCAGCCUGAGGCUGCGUGUGGAAGGUGCUGGCCAUUUCCUGGAGCCUGGCCCGGGUCAGGCCUUUUCUUCACCAUCCCAGAAACACACAGGCCCUCCCAGCCCUGCUUGCCCCACUCACACAUGCAGCCCUCCGGUGAGAAGUGCCUCCAACUUAACAGGGCGGGGGCACCAUCCUCCCCACAUCCAAGCCUUUUGGGGGUCCCAUGGCCCCUGCCCACAGGCCUCCUGGCCAGGCACAGGCGUCCCUGAGUGGCUGUGCCGGUGCCUGCCUGGCUCCAGCCUCCCCAUCCCCGUGUCCCCUUGCCCGCCAGUCCCUACAGGCAGGGGUGAUGCCUUCUGCCAGGGCCCCCACAGCGGGAUGGGAGGACUCCCCGGGGCUAUGAGGGAGGGGCCCGGGGUUUUGGGCAGGACACAGCAUCUGCAGGUCCCUCCCCAAGUACACAGGGUGGGGGUGUCGGGGGAGGCAGGACCACGCCUGCUUGAGCCCCAUCACCUUGCUGGGGUCCUUGGCUGCUGGCAGCAGGGACAGUGCAGAGAAGGGAGCCCUGCCAGGCCCUCGGACAGCACAGCCACCCACCCACUGCCCCUCCCGGGGGCUCAUUCUGUGCUUGCCUCCCUGAAGCCCCGUCCUGGAGGGGGCGAGGGGCAGAGCUGCCGUGCCUGUACUGGGGACGUU